AUGGUUCCCUACCCCAACGGUGAAACAAAUGGAGAAACCCAAGGUCUCCUCAGUCUUCCCGACCGCAAGGUUUAUAGGCUUGAGUUACCAGAGUUGCAACUUUCACCUCUGACAACAUUUCCGAACGUUGUCGACACAUGUCAAUUGAAAGAGAGUUCAGGCAAUCUCCUCAACUCAGAAGAUGAACUUGAAGUUGAAUACAUUCGCGAUUUCUACAUAGCGAAAGCCGUCUUGUCUUCAAAUCCUACAUCUCCAAAUGUCUGUAUUGUCAUGGCCAUCCAUGGAGAACAGAGGGAUUUGGCUUUCUGCAAGCCAGGGGAAGUCAUGGACUGUCAUAGAUGCCCUUUUCAUGAUGUCAUAUAUUACAAGGGGCAGUUCUAUGCCAUAAAACAUGCAGGAAGAGUUCUAGCUUCUUGGGGUCCAUCUCUGCAAGCUGCGAUAAUGGUUUCACCCUCGAAAGGUGAUGGAUUUGACAAGAAUUAUCUGGUGGAGUCAUGA